UAGGCAUGCAGACUGCAUCUACAAACAUUUGUGAAAGAAUGGGUCGCUCUCAGGAGCUCAGUGAAUUCAAGUGUGGUACCAGGAUAGGUUGCCACCAGUGCAGUACGUACAUCCGUGAAAUUUCCAAGCUACUAAAUAUUCCACGCUCAACUGUUAGUGGUAUAAUAACAAAGUGGAAACAACUGGGAACAACAGCAACAUAGUCACAAAGUGGUAGGCCACUGGACUCUAGAGAAGUGAAGACGUGUUCUCUGGAGUGACGAAUCACGCUUCUCUGUCUGGCAAUCCGAUAGACGUUUCUGGGUUUGGCAGUUGCUAGGAGGAUGGUACUUUUCUGACUGCAUUGUGCCAAGUGUCA